AUGAACUCUCUCUGGCCCUCUCGAGCGUCAGGCGAGGGCAAUGCGGCUGCACCCCCUCCCACCACGGACGUGGCAGACACCGGUGUGCCGGAUGCUGGGCUCACCAAGGGCGAUCAGCAACAACAGGCGCCGCCUGUUCGUCCAUUGCUGCAGCGCAACGCUCAGCCACAGACUCCUCCGGCCUUUCCUCCUCCGCCCUCAGACCCUCCGCCGCCACCGAACGCAAGCACGCCCCUCCAACCGCCCACAGACUCGCUGUCUUUGGCCCAGCUGAGGCGUCUUGUUGCCGACUUCCCACACGCUGAGGCAGCUGCCUACGACUUCGAGUAUCAAGACACUGCGCCGAUCGAGGAAGAGAUUGACGAGUGGUUUGUGUACCAAUUCUGGCAGUGGGUGCGUCUUAAUGGGGUGCAGCGUGCCUUCGAGUGGCAGUGGCUCAACAGCCAUGGGCAAGACACAUCGUGGGAGGAGGUUGGUGACGGUGCGAGGAAGGCCUUCGUGUCGGAUGCAUUGUCAGGGCUCUCGUCAGAGACGUCCAAGGAGCGGUCGGCGAACGUCGCGAGACUUGUGUACAUCGCGCUCGGGAGAUGGACCAGCACCGCUGGUGGGGAUCAACCGGCAGCUGGGACGGAGAAGAAGCCCAGAUGCGUGGCAACGCCUGCCCAACUCGAGGCGAUCAAGGCUGGCGUGCGGCUCAUCGCAGAUGUCGAUGGUGUUCAGAUUAUUUUUAACGCGCUCAAGAAAGCGUUUGAGCCAUUUUGGCCCGAGGAAGCACAACAUACCCAGUCGAAUACUAUGCAAGAAGCGCUGGAUGAGCUCAUGAAUUUGAUGACAAUUAUGUACAUGAUGAUACAAGAGGUUUUGUCAAACAGUGACGAACUGAGGGACCUCAGAACACAACUCCUCGCCCUGAAUCCCAGUCUGGUGGAGUUCUUCGCAGAAGUCACUGGAAAACUUCGGUGGGACGAGGCGCAGAUCGUGCCGCAAGCACAGGUGUUUCUACUCCUGUGGAAAUCGAUACUGCUCGUCUUUGGCGGAUCGGAAGAGCUGGCUGAGACGAAACGGGCUACAAGAGAAAACCCGUCAGAUGACAAGGAUGAUAGAGAUGUCAUCACAGCCUCGCCCUUGGAUUACCACGUCUUUCGCCAGGAGAUAACGUCCAAGUACCCGGCUUACAUCCCACCUCAACCUGCUAUUCCCUUGGAAGCCGAGAACACUUCUCUCCUUCCGCCCUUACCGAGUCAACAGGCCCGGAACAACGGCGCUCAGGGCAUCCUGCCUCCUCAACCUGGCACACAAGCGGGGGGUGCUUCUAUCCUACAUCAGCCCGUUCACAUUGCGACUCCCGCUCCUUCGCCGCCGCCGUCACCGGGUGUUGGCGGUAAAGGAGUUAAGAAGCAGAAUUACCAGACAAACCAAAAUUUUCCAUUCAUGUACCCGCCUCUAGACGAGUCCAGCAAUAGCCUGGGUGGUAAGGGCAACACUGCUUUGCAGGAUUUGCUUGUCACUCGGAAAUGGGAAGGCGGUGAUGUCCCGGCUUCAAUUCUUGAAGCUGGUGAGCUGUUUUCCAACCGUGUGAGGAUGACGCGUGCGGCCAGACAGCUGUGGCAGGAGCGGGAGAGAUUCAUCAAGUUCGAGCGCGGCUGGGAUGAGUCCACAAACGAUAUAAUAGACGAGCUUGACCUCUCGUCUCUGACCCUGGAGGAGAAGGAAGAGUUGGGGUUGGUGAAGCCAAAGGAGCCUGAACCUGAAGAGGUGGAGGUUGAUUAUGGCCCGGGCAAAGACCUGGACGAAAGGACGAAACAGCGACUAGACGCAGUCGAACGAUUCUACGCCAACACUCUCCCGAUUCUGCAAUCAAUAUCCAUGACUUUGAUCAAGUCCAUCAUAGCACACUGGACGGUCGUAAUGACACAGCAGCCUCAGGGUUCAUUUGGUAUGCAGGGCCAAAACAACGGGAGAGUCAACGGGAACGGGCGGGGCCAAGAUGGCUCAAACGGCACCAAUGGUGCUGGAAGUGGUGAUGACAUUGACCCCUCGCCCGAGGAGCUGGACGCGGCAAGAACCCGUGAGAUCACGCAAAAGGCAGUCAGCGCCAUCAUGCUACUGCUUUUGAAGUGGUUUAAGCUGUCUCAUGUCUUGAAGUUCGAAUACCUAGCACAGCUACUUUUGGAUUGUAAUUACAUGCCAUUAGUGCUGAAGCUAUUCCUACACCAGGAUGUUCAACAGGUCAUCGAAAGCAAAGCGGACCGCAUAGAGAACAGCUUCUUUUACUUCUGCAAUGUUCGGGCCGGGGCACCAGAGAAGCCUGCGCAGCAGGAAGCAGAAGCACCGCCCGCUCAAGAAGAGGAGAGUGAAGACGAUGCGGCGCCACCACCUAUCAAGCGGCGGCGCUCGCCCACAGAGGAGGCCGCCUCCGGAGACGCAUCCGGAGCAGCGCAGCAGAACGAGAACGGCGCCCCGGUUCGUCCGGAGGUGGACGAGCUCGGGUACCCCGUCAACCCGCUUCCGGCGGAGCCGAUCACGGACUUCUCGCGGCGCAACUUCUUCACGCUAAUCAACUACCUGCGGGUCAUGCAAAAGAUCUGCAAGCACAAGGCGCACCGCAACCUGCUGCUUGUCCACUACAAGUCGUCCAACGUGCUGCGCAAGAACCUGCGGAUCCCGCAGGACCGGCUCCGGCUGUACACGCUCAAGCUGUUCAAGAACCAGGUGCCCUACUGCAGCCGCAAGUGGCGGCAGUCCAACAUGCGGGUCAUCACGGCCAUCUACCUGUACUGCCGGCCCGAGCUGCGGGAUGAGUGGCUGGCGGGGGCGGACAUCGACGCCGAGAUGGACGAGGCGCUGCCGCUGGAGCAGGCGCUGCGCAGCCUCACGCACUGGUUCAACGUGCGGCGGUACCCGGACCGCAUGGCGCCCGAGGUGCGGGACGCGCUGCGCGAGGAGCACGACUUCUUCUCGCGCGAGCUCGAGCGCCUCGAGGUCAGCUGGGACGACAUGGGCGCCGCGGAGAGCGUCAACGGCGAGUGGGAGGAGAUCCCCGGGUGGAGCUGA